AUGGCCACAAAGUGGUUCCACAAGAGUAUUGCGUAUCAAAUUUGGCCCGCAUCUUUUAGAGAUUCCAAUGGCGAUGGUGUGGGCGACAUUGAAGGCAUCAUCAGCAAGUUAUCGUAUCUAAAGGAAACACUAUCAAUCGACAUGCUCUGGCUGUCGCCAAUCUACGAUUCCCCGCAGAAAGAUAUGGGCUACGAUGUGUCUGACUAUGAAUCAAUCUACCACAAAUACGGCACACUCGAUGAUUUCGCUCGCUUAGUAAGAGAGUGCAAAGACAGGGGAAUCAGGGUCGUGAUGGACCUGGUAGUCAAUCAUACCAGCGACCAACAUAAGUGGUUCCUGGAAAGCAAGCGAAAUAGAGCGGGUAAAUACGCAGACUUCUAUCACUGGAGAUGUCCCAAGUAUGAUGCUGAAGGCAAGCGACAUCCACCAAACAACUGGAGAACUGGAUCGAGAUAUGGCAAGAGCUGUUGGACGUACGUAGACGAGCGAGAUCAGUAUUAUUUUCACUUCGGGGCGCCGCACCAGCCGAACUUGAAUUGGAGUACGCAUGAGACAAGGGAGGAGAUAUAUGAAAGUGCGGCGGCUUUCUGGCUGAGAAGAGGGGUGGACGGCUUUCGAAUGGACCUGGUCGGAUUCUAUUGGAAAGACUCGAACUUUCCAGAUGCGAAAGUUGUCUAUCCGGACGAGAGGCUGCAGCCAUUAGACGGGCAGUACUGCCACAACGGAAGCGAUGUGCAUGUGUGGUUGAAAGAGUGGAGACGAAAGGUCCAUCAAGACUUUGGGCAAGACAUUGUCUUGAUAGGGGAAUUGCCCGGCACAGGACGGGAUGAGUUCUUGAGGUUCAUUGCGCCAGGUACUGAGGAAUUGGACAUGGCGCUGGACACGGAUAUCUUCAUCACUGGCAACAAUUGGGUCGAUGCACUUUACGAGUUGAAGAAGCCCGAGCUGCCUUUACUGAAAGAUGCAGUGCUCAAAACGCAGAGCAUGUUGGACGAGGGAGCGUGGCCGACUGUAUUCCUCGAAAACCACGACUUUGCCCGGAGUGUAUCUAGAUUUGGCCCUGGAGAUGGGCCGCAUAGAGACGAUGCCGCAAAAAUGUUGGCUCUCAUGGCAUGCACACUCUCAGGAACACUUUUCAUCUAUCAGGGACAGGAGAUUGGCAUGACGAACGUCCCUCCACACUGGAGAAAGUCCGAGUUCAGGGAUAAUGCGGACCUUGACAAUAUCGAGGAUAUCGACGAGAAGAAAGCCCCAGGACUGAGAGAGAAGUCAGAGAAGGCAUUGGUCACUUGGGGAAGGGAUAAUGGGAGAACAUUGAUGCAGUGGUCGGGCGAGACUCACGCUGGAUUCAGCGAAGGUGAGCCCUGGAUCGGGGUCAACGACAACUAUCAGGAAGUCAAUGUUACCAACCAAAUCGAUCGCCAGGAUAGCGUGCUCGCAUUCUGGAAACAUCUCGUGAGAGUUCGAAAGGAUUACUGGGAGUUCCUCGGACGUGGACGAUUUCAACUGCUUGAUAGAGACGAACAGCAGACUAUGUCCUAUAUCAAGACGAACGAUGAGAAGACGGAGCAGUUGCUUGUGGUCUUGAACUUUUCGGCCGACGAAGCGUCGGUGAGCAUUGAUGGGGACCGCUUUAAACUUCUAAUAAGCACGUGUGCAUCGGCUGAGGAGGAGCCGGAGGGCGUAGUCAAGCUGCAGCCGUGGGAGGGCAGACUAUACCAAGGCGCUCCGCCUGAUGAGUCAAAAGCUGGAGGACGACUUCAAGUGUGA